AGUUUAUCAACCACUUGAACUGUAAUCCACUUUGAUCGUGUAGACAUCGCCUGUUAUUUUGCGUGCGGAGAGUUUUUCACGAACAAUGACCGAUGCGAAAUACUUUACGACCACCAAGAAAGGCGAAAUCGCCGAGUUGAAAGCAGAAUUGCAGAGCGAGAAGCGCGACAGGAAGAAGGAAGCCGUGAAGAAAGUGAUUGCAAGUAUGACAGUUGGUAAAGACGUGAGCGCUCUCUUUCCUGACGUUGUGAAUUGCAUGCAGACAGACAAUCUCGAACUGAAAAAGCUUGUUUAUCUCUAUCUGAUGAACUACGCCAAGUCGCAACCUGAUUUGGCUAUUCUGGCCGUCAACACGUUUGUCAAGGACUGUGAAGAUCCCAAUCCUUUAAUUCGUGCUCUUGCUGUGCGUACAAUGGGGUGUAUUCGAGUUGACAAGAUCACAGAAUACCUGUGUGAGCCUCUACGGAAGUGUCUGAAGGAUGAUGAUCCAUAUGUACGGAAGACUGCUGCAGUGUGUGUUGCCAAGCUGCAUGAUAUCAACUCGACACUGGUCGAAGACCAGGGCUUUCUGGAUUUGCUGCGAGACUUACUGUCCGACUCGAAUCCAAUGGUUGUUGCCAAUGCUGUAGCGUCUUUGUCUGAAAUCAGUGAAACUUCUCCUACGGCUGCUGCACAAUUUGAACUAACAUCAGCUAUUGUAAACAAGCUCUUGACUGCAUUGAAUGAAUGUACCGAAUGGGGACAAAUUUUCAUUCUUGAUUCACUGGCUUUGUAUUCACCAAAUGAUGAGCGAGAGGCUCAGAGCAUUUGUGAGAGAGUAACGCCACGUCUCUCUCAUGCCAAUGCUGCAGUUGUGCUUUCUGCUGUUAAAGUGUUGAUGAAAUUCAUGGAGCUGUUGCCUCAUGACUCUGACCAUUUGAGUUCACUCACUAGGAAACUAGCACCACCUUUGGUCACUCUUUUGUCUACUGAGCCUGAAAUACAGUAUGUGGCUCUUCGCAACAUCAACCUUGUUGUGCAGAAACGGUCUGACAUACUACAGAAUGAGAUGAAAGUGUUCUUUGUGAAAUACAAUGAUCCAAUUUAUGUCAAACUAGAAAAGUUGGACAUCAUGAUUCGUCUCACCACAGCAGCCAACAUUGCACAAGUUCUUGCAGAACUGAAGGAAUAUUCUACUGAGGUAGAUGUUGACUUUGUGAGAAAAUCUGUGAGGGCUAUUGGACGUUGUGCCAUAAAAGUUGAGCAAGCUGCUGAAAGAUGUGUGACUACUCUGUUAGAAUUGAUUCAGACCAAAGUAAACUAUGUUGUGCAGGAGGCUAUUGUUGUUAUUAAGGACAUUUUUCGAAAGUAUCCCAACAAAUAUGAGAGUGUUAUCUCAACGUUAUGUGAAAAUUUGGAUUCUCUCGAUGAGCCCGAUGCAAAGGCAUCUAUGAUUUGGAUUGUGGGAGAGUAUGCAGAUCGAAUUGACAAUGCCGAUGAACUGCUGAGUUCAUUCCUUGAGGGAUUUCAGGACGAGAACACAAUGGUCCAGCUGCAGUUGCUGACAGCUAUAGUAAAGUUGUUUCUAAAGAAACCGACUGAAACACAAGAGUUAGUGCAGCAAGUGCUUAAUCUUGCCACUCAGGAGAGUGAUAAUCCUGAUCUGAGGGAUCGUGGUUAUAUCUACUGGCGACUUCUUUCAACUGAUCCUGCAGCUGCUAGGGAGGUUGUUCUUGCAGAAAAGCCUCUCAUUUCAGAAGAAACAGAUAGACUGGAGCCAUCUCUUCUUGAUGAACUUAUCUGCCACAUCUCCACUCUGGCCUCAGUGUACCAUAAACCACCUAGUGCCUUUGUUGAAGGAAAGACACCUGUUCGAAGGAUGACACUUCCCCAGAAAGCUGAACCGUCUGCAUCAGAAUCAACUGAAGUUCCAUCUACAGGAACUGGAUAUGCAGCUGCUAUAACUGCUGCUCCUCCUCCUUCCAUGGUUCAGCCAACAGUUAUUCAAGCUCCUCAGGAUUCUUUGAUUGGAGAUUUGCUCAGUAUGGAUCUUGGACCUUCUCAACCUCAUGUGGGAAUGCCUGGAGCCAUGGGAGGAAGUGCUGGAAUGGACCUGUUGGGUGGUGGGCUAGAUGAAUUGCUUGGGGGUAUGACUCAAGGUCUACCUGCUGGUGGUGUGUUUUCAUCUGCAGUGGGCGGAGCUCCUGUUGGCGGUACUCCUGUUGGUGGUGCUCCUGUUGGUGGUGCUCCUGUUGGUGGUGCUCCUGUUGGUGGUGGUCUGAGUGAUCUUUUUGGCUUACAAGGCGGUCUCGGUGUUUCUGGAGCUGCAUAUGUUCAUCCGAAGGAAGUGUGGUUGCCAGCACAGAAGGGCAAGGGUUUAGAAGUAUCAGGAACAUUUUCACGCCGUCAAAAUCAGCUCUACAUGGACUUGACGUUUUCGAAUCGUGCGAUGCAGCCCAUGGGUGGAUUUGCCAUCCAAUUCAACAGAAAUAGUUUUGGCCUCAUUCCAGCUGCAGCUCUUCAGGUUCCUGAGCCUCUGAUGUCUGGAGCUUCAACAGAAGUUUCUCUACCUGUGAACACCAUUGGUCCAGUGCAACGGAUGGAACCAUUGAAUCAGCUUCAAAUGGCAGUGAAGAAUAACAUCGAUGUACAUUACUUUUCUGCACCAAUAGCCUACAGUGUUUUGUGGGUGGAAGAUGGACAGAUGGAUCGGAAAGUAUAUUUGGCUACAUGGAAAGACAUUCCACCUUCUAAUGAAGUUCAGUUCGUUGUCACGGGCGUUAUGUUGACCGCAGAUGCAGUAGAGAAGAAAAUGGCUGCCAACAAUGUCUUUUUAAUUGCAAAGCGAAAUGUUGAAGGCCAGGAUCUUCUGUAUGUAUCAUUGAAGUUCACUAAUGGCAUAUGGAUUCUUGCGGAACUAAAGCUGCAACCUGGCAUGCCUCAAAUACAGGUUGCUUUGAAGACACGGGCAAUGGAUGUAGUGCCAGGAGUGCAACAGCACAUAGAUGCUAUACUGCACAACUAGGCAAUAGCUAAGAAAGAAGAACUGAACUAACGCUCUAGUUUCGUCGUUGUUUUGCAUGCGCGUUAGCCUAUUGCGCCUGUUGUGGAUUGGACUAGAUGUUGAUGGAUUUUGUUGCAAGAGAAGAAAGUAAACUGUUACUAGAAUUCUAA